GGGAUUUCUGUCAGUAUCUGGCAACCUCAUAGCUCAGACCACAACUAUAAACAAGCGGAGCCAUCAGUUAGCCAUCGCUAGGCUAACCAACUUUCUUUCUCAGUCAGUCAGUUCAUCUGGGUCAGCCACUCCAGUUGCAGUGUCCCCUUUAAUCAGAAUGAUGACAGUGACCUGACCAAUGGACCACUGCACUGUCUGCUCAGUGAGAGGGUCACGUUCGGAGGUAGAUCAUGAAUGACAAACUAGUGUUUUUGGGCCUGCUGUACUUUGUCCAGGGCAUCCCCUAUGGUCUCCAGUCUUCACUGCUUCCAGUCUACCUGCGUGGAGCUGGCCACUCUCUCACCCGCAUUGGCUUCACCAAGAUCCUCUACUUCCCCUGGGUCCUUAAGGUGCUCUGGGCUCCGUUGGUGGACCGGCUCGGAACCAAGCGUCACUGGCUGGUUGGGACAGUGUCUGGGCUGGCUCUGACAUGCCUCUCCAGUGCUGCCUUGGCUCCAGAGGCACAUAUCUGGGGAGUAGCAGGAACCCUGCUGGCCAUGAACACCUUGGCCUCUGUCCAGGAUAUUGCUGUAGAUGGGGCUGCAGUGGGGUUGUUGAAAGGUCGUGGGGAGCUGGGGCUGGGCAACACAGCACAAGUUGUGGGCUACAAAGCUGGGUCAGUGUUCGCUGGAGGCGGGCUGCUGGCGGUGAUUGACGUGGCUGGAUGGAGCUGGAUGUUCAUGCUGCUGACGUUUGUGUAUGCAGGCGUGGCAUUGUUUGUGUGGGGGGGGCCCGUGUUGGAUGAUGAGACUGUGAGGGGCCAGCAGGCAGAUGGCAGCAGGAGAGGAGGGCAGGGAAUGGAUGCUAUGAGGCCAUGGAGGGUGUGGAGGAAGCUGCUGGCAGUACCUGGCACACCAUGGACAGUCCUGUAUGUCCUGACAUACAAACUGGGUGAGCAGGGUGCGGUGACCAUGUUUCCUCUUUUCCUGUUGGAUCACCACAUGACCGCCAGGGAGCUCGGCUUCUGGAAUGGCGUUAUCGCCAUGGGCUUCUCCAUCUGCGGGUCGUCCCUGGGAGGACUGCUGCUCGCUCAGUUCAGCAUCGGGGCUCUGAUGCGACGAGUGUUUGUAUUGCGAACCGUCAGCAUGGUCUUCCAGAGCUCUCUACUCACCGUGCUGGAACCAUCGCCACUAAUGAAAGGUAUGGCUGUCCUGAGCAUGAGCGUUCAGCACUUCCUGGGUGGUCUCAUCACCACGCUCACCUUCACUACCAUGAUGCAUUGCACUCAGAGGGCAGAGGAAAGCAUUCAGGCGACCCACUACAGUUUCCUGGCGACUCUGGAGGUGCUGGGGAAGCUGACGUUCAGCGCUCUGGCCGGAGGCGUGGUGGAUUGGUUUGGUUUCCAAGUUGCCUUCCUCUUCUUCCUCACCCUCUCUGCUGGGACGGCCCUGCAUGUGUGGACGGCUACCUUCACUGGUGCUCUCAGGGAACACCAGCUCAAAGAACAGCCCAAAUGAGAUCACAAUCAGGGCGAACGGUCCUGAUACGGAGGAGUCUGCAGGUGCUGAAAUAGUGUUAAAAUAUUUUGAGCUUGACUACCAGUAUACAGACACCUCAGAAGUCCCUGAAUCCCACAAAAUGUAACGCUCAUGAUUUCAGCAAAUCAUUUCAUUAUAGAAGGUCUUGAAUAAGUUGACUUUCUUGUUCUGCCAUUUUUAAGGAGAAAUCAGCCAUGUGGUUAAGUGCUCUAUUUCAGAGUGUAUUUUUUUUAUUUUAAUUACAUUUUUUUCAAAUAUCACUUGCAAAACCGGCCUUAUGUUUUAUUUAUGUUGCAUUUAGACUGUCUUGAGAAGUCUUAAUAUUUACGGUAGCUUGAUGAAACAGAUACUGAUGUAGGUAAGGAUUAGUAGUUUUUUGGACAGGAUGAGACUGGUUCAUCCAGUGAGUGUGAUGAACUGAUGGGGUUUAGUGAUGUACAGUUAUACUGUACUGAGAGCUGAAAAGUACUUUGGGGGAAUAUAAUCCAAGCUGUUUUUCUCAUCUGAGCCAUUUUAAUGUUUUAAAAAGCCAGCAAUAAGAGCUGUAGCCAAAAGCAAUAUCGCUACUUUGUAAUGCUUGUUCUAUUACACUGUACUGUAUAUGAAUAUGUUAGUCAUUCUCCUGAGUUGUAUGGUUUACUGUUCUAAAUAAAUGCAUCUCUACUACCUCGUAUCAGCAUUGUAUGGUACGAUGCACCAGUAAUGCACCAAGUAGAGUAUCCACUCAUUCACAAUGAAUAGUUUCAGCACAUACACUCUGUUACCUAAGCUACAACAGUUAGCCAAUGUAGGUUUUCAGUUACUGGGGCUGUUUCACUUUCGAACGGGAAGUUCAGCUGUUGAAUGAGGAGCAUUUAUUCUGUUUGAUUAACCACUGAUUUUUAGAGUAAAAUCCCAGGAACGCUUUAUUUUAUGGGCCCCAUAUUUUCUAGCUAAUAUCCUUGAAAUUUGUUAUUUAGCUGUAAAUAACAAGGAUAUUUCCAAGAAAAGGCCAACACAAUUUGGUACGAACUGUAAGGGAAAUGGAGAAAGUGUUUGUGGUAUAGUAUUCAGCUCAGGAAAAUAUGGGACCUGUAAAAUAGAGCUUUACUAUCAUCUUUACUAUCCCUUUGCAAUUGAAUAGGUUUAUCCUGACAGUCAGCUUACUUCCAUAAGGAAACCUCAGCCUCACAAACUGCAUGGUGCCAUCUCGUCUGUUUUUCAUUGUUCUUUAAUGAACUCUGAAAAAAACUCUCCUCUCAAUGAAACUUGAAAGACCAAUGCCACUGGUAAAUUGCAGUUGCUGAUAAAAUUGUAUGACCUUUGUGUUUUAUGUAAAAACAAAAAUGUCUAAAAUAUGUACUAUAUGAUAUACUGUAACUCUCCAUGGUACUGUACACUAUAGAAGAAAACUUUCUCAAUACUUAAAAUAUGAAUGAAAUAGCAGCGCAGAAUGUGUUUUUUUUUUUUUUUUUUUUCGUCAGGCUGUGGAAGAAUAAAAUAAAAACCCUUCAUACAGGUGAAUGUAUCAAUAGAAACGAAGUCUUAAAAUUGAUAAUCGUGCGGAGACAGGCAGGUAGGUUUAAAUAAAGGCAGCAAUCUCAGCAAACAAAAUAAAACAGCUGGUCACCUGCUUUCACCCACAUAUUAAAUAAAGGGAUGCCAUAACACAUCAUGACUGGUUUAUCCACUUGUUGCAAAGCACAUCUCUUGUCUCUCAGCUACUGCGCUGCCUGUGAUUUGCACAAAAAUAAAACUGC